CAUGACAGCCGGGCGGCCGGGCAGCGGCGGCGGGAGCGCCGGCUCUUCUCCCUCCUGCCGCCGCGGCUGAGCCCGGCGCCGCCGCCCCCGGAGCCAGCAGGCAGGCUUGGUCCACUGACUCCUCGCCAAGAUGCCACUGGUGAAGCGUAAUAUCGAGCCCCGCCAUCUUUGCCGGGGGGCCCUUCCUGAUGGGGUGACCAGCGAGUUGGAGUGUGUGACCAACAGCACUUUGGCUGCCAUCAUUAAACAGUUGGGAAGCCUCAGCAGACAUGCUGAAGAUAUUUUUGGAGAACUCUUCAACGAAGCCAAUAGCUUUUAUUUGCGGAUGAACUCCUUGCAGGAACGGGUGGAUCUUUUGGUGAUCAAGGUCACUCAGCUGGACUCCACGGUGGAAGAAGUCUCCCUGCAGGAUAUCAACAUGCGGAAAGCUUUCAAGAGCUCUACCAUCCAGAACCAGCAGGUGGUGUCGCGCAAUUCGAUCCCUAACCCUGUGAUGGAGAUGUACCAGCGUUGUGAUAAGCCUCCACCCUUGAAUAUCCUCACUCCGUACAGAGAUGAUAAGAAAGAUGGCUUAAAAUUCUAUACGGACCCGUCAUAUUUCUUUAACUUGUGGAAAGAGAAGAUGUUGCAAGCCACAGAAGACAAGAGGAAAGAGAAACGCAGGCAGAAGGAGCAGCGACUGGUUGAGGAUUCCACCCGGGAGGUGAAGAAAGUGCGGAAGGCACGCAACCGGCGGCUGGAGUGGAACAUGAUGGCUUACGAUAAAGAAUUCCGGCCGGAUAACAGGUUCUCACCAUCCCCAUAUCACAUGGCUUCAUCGGAAGGAUCACUGUCCCCAGAUAAUAGAUCCUAUGCAUCCGAUGUAGCUGAUCAUUCCUACCCAGCCAGUCCUAACCAUCCUGGCCAACAGAUGAUGGCUCCAGCCACACAUCUGGCCACCGAGAACAAAGAGGUGGUGCUGGUGGCUACUCAGGUCCAGGAUCAGAUCUUCAGGCCCUCGGCAGUGGGAAGCCGGCAGAACAGCCUCAACCGGGUACAGCAGCCCCAUGUGCCACAGCCACCCGAGACAAUGUUAAAUGGACCACGACCUCAGAUAAUCAAGGACUAUGGUCCUCAACCAGUGCCAAUGGCAGACUACUUUGUGCCACCUGCUCCUCCGCCCCCACCCCCAGUCAUCCCUUCUGCUCAAACUGCGUUCGACAGCCCCAUCUCAGCACCUUCGGCCAUGGCACCCAAUGCUGCCCCUUCAGUUAGCCAUGCCACCUAUGCGCCUACCCCUCCCCCUGCUGUGCCCUGCCUCUAUUCUGCCUCUCCCCCCCAGGCUGGGCCCAUGGGACCUCCUGUGGCACCUCCCCCUCCUCCCCCUGGACCCCCCACCAUCUCGGCCUCCCCUGCACACACAGCCUCCCCGCCUGCUGUGACGGUGGAAUCCCGGAAGCAGCCGGUGCCCCUGAUUCCAAUGACCGAUGCCAGGAGUGACCUGCUUGCUGCCAUCCGCCGGGGAAUUCAGCUGCGCAAAGUCCAAGAGCAAUGGGAACAGGAAGCCAAGAAAGAGCCGGUGGGGAACGAUGUGGCCACCAUCCUCUCCCGAAGGAUUGCUGUGGAAUACAGCGAAUCAGACGACGACUCGGAGUUGGAUGAGAACGAGUGGUCCGAUUAAAGGAGGGGUGGUGGGCUGCCUUUGGAGCAGUGGGGGGGGAGGUCUCCCAGGUUUUUUCCUGCCACCUUUCUGCCACCUGGCUUAGGCAACUCAGCGUUCCUGGCAGGUAAAAUCACGGCUGCUCUGAGCAGCUCAGCCUUCAGGAGCUUUGCUUUCGUGCCAUGUUGUGUUGUUGACAAUGUUUUAAGGUGGCCUCUUUGUGGGCAGACGGGCAUUAGGGAUCCUUAUCUUUUGAAACACUCGGUCGGGGAGGGUUGGGGGAGGAAAAGACCAGCUUUCUCCUGAGUUUUCCCAGUGGUGAAAAUGACAUCUGAAUUUUUUUCAACAUGCUGGAAAAAUGGAGUGACCUUCCCUUACCCCUAAACCAUACAAGGAGGGGGGCCCUUUGCAGUCAUUCCCACUCAAGGUUUCAGCCAUCCAUUUAUGGGGAUAAAUUUAAGCGAAUGCCCUUUCUAGAGAGACCCAUUCAUCAGAGAGCACAGAAGGGGAUGGGAAGAGAGACUUCCCUCUGUGAAAAAUCCACUAAGGUGGUUUCCAAAGUUAGAAGGAUGUAAAUCAUUCUUACAUUUUUCUCCAUUGCUUCUAGCACUUUCAACUAAGCUCCAGAAAGCAAAUUGGCUGGGACAAAUUGCUAGCACUUUACAAGGGAAGGGGAAAAACAGGAUGACAGUAGAUUUCAGAUUUCCCCAACCUGCUGAACACAACCAUAGUUCCCAGCCUGCGAAUUCAGCGGCUGUGCUAACUGCAGUUUAUGAGAGCCUGAAUCCACACAUCCUUCGGACCUCACCUUGGGGAACCACAUAGGAUUCCAUGGGCCACACUUUAUUUUGCAAGCCACGUUAUGGCCAGUAGGAAGGGCUUGGGCUUUGUUACUGUUGGCAGUCAAAGGCUCUUCUUUUCUAAAGGACCGAGUGGGGACAAGCCCGACAAUAAGCCAAGUUCAGUGAGAGAAGGCAAAAUGUUGGACAAAGGACAAACAAUCCCAGUUCAGAUGUGAUCAAGGAAAAAAUCCCACAUUAGCAGCCAUUGGGGGAGGCAAAUCAGCAUUGCAAGAUCUUUUGACUCUACUUGUAGAAAACAUAAAUCCCCUGUUCUCCAGAAGAAUAUUCUGACUCCACUUAAUGGGAAGAUAGAACAUUUAUUUUCCCACUUUAAUAACCUUUCACCCAGGUGAAUUUGUGGAUAGCGAGCCAUUAAUGUUCCUAAGAAACCCAUAAGAGUUUCAAAUGUCCGAGGCAAUCAGCAAAACCUGGCCAACAAUUAAUUUGCUGAGUUAUUUUGCAUUCUGAUCUAUAGCUAUUUUUUCUGAAUGUUACCAUGGAGAAAACACUACAUUUCCUUCUCCUUCCUCCCCCCCUUCUCCUAAUUGUGAAGAACUAGAAACAAAAUUGGUGUAAAAUUGCUUGUGCAUCCAGAAAAAAGUUUGCAAAAUAAUAAUGGGAAAAUUCUGAUUUUUGAGCUGAUACAACCAAAUAUGAUAAAAAUGUCAAACAUCACCAACAGAGCCGGAUGAUUUUAGGUGCUCGUUUCUUUCCAGAAAGAUGCUGACUAUGUACUUUUCCUUCCUGAUUUAAUCAUCUUAAAAUUCUUGAGCAGCCUUGAAAAUUAAAAUUUCCCACCAAUGUAAGUUGAUAUUCACAUACCUUUCGUAAAUACCUAAUUUUAUAGUUGUGCCUAUUUGGAAGUAAGUCCUGAUUGAGUUUUGUUGGGCUUACACUCGCUAAAUGUACAUAGGAAUAUAAUGGUAAUUUUUAAAAACCUAACAGUAUUUGGCAGUGAAUGAAAACAAGUGCCAAUUCCUCUCUCCUAAGAUCACCUAUCUUUUUUACUUAUAUUUUUCUUUUACUCAGAACAAAGUUAAAAUACAAAAUAUAAAACCCAGAAAAAAACACAAAGCAGUCAAAACAUUAAGAAAGUGUAACCAACCCCCCCCCACACAUUUUUAAUGUUCUGCUUUGUGUUUUGUGUUUUUCUUUUAUGUCUUCUUGGGUUUUUCUGAGUUUUGUAUUUUGUAGAUCACCUAAUUUUUUAGGUUUUAAUUUUUUUAAUUAGGUGUUUGUGGGGCUGUAAACUGCCCCCAAAUUCAUUGUUUUUCACAGCUUUUGGGCUUAAUUGGAGGGAGUUCUGAGGUCCAGUUUUGAUUUACAGCUAUGCAAGAUUUGAAAAGUUGCUUCAGUGUAAGUAGGAACCCAAUUACAGGCCUCUCUGUGGCUCAUUAAUACAACUGUCUCUUUUUUUCAGGAUUGCACAUCUGCUACAGAGAGCGCUUCACGAUAGCCUAUUUAAUGAUGUGGCUGCUUUCAUGCUUGCUUUAAGUUUUGGAUUCAGACCUCAACAUAUUUUGAAGCAAUUUGGGAUAUUCCGCACGACCCUAUUCUCUCUAUAUAUUUUUUUUCAUAGAAUUUGGUCCCAAAGGGUACAGUGCAUUCUUUUAAAGCAAGAGUCCCCAAACUUGGCAACUUUUAGGCUUGUGGACUUCAACUCCCAGAAUUCCCUAGCCAGCCAUGCUAGUUUGGAGUUGCCAAAUUGGAGAAUCCCUUUUUUAAAGCGGAAGAACGCACUGAGACUUUGUAGGCUUCAGGUUGCUUAAUCACCUUUCUUAAAUUCUGCCCUCGGAUUAUAAUCAAAAGUAUGCAAGAGUUUGCAUAACAGGAAGAAUCUGCUUUCCUCCUUUGACAAUCAAGAUAAACUAAAGUGUUUCCAUUGCUGAGAAGUGGUAAGGACAACGUCUGUCUCUCAAGUUUUGGCAUAUGCAAUUUUUUUGGGUACUGCUACAUGUUGUCUAAAUUGGUUGGCAAUUUGCCUUUGUCAACCAAGGGAGAACAGUUGAAUUUACCGUACAUUAAUGGAUACCUGAUUAUUCUGAAGAAGGUUAGUGAAGGCUGUGCUGUAGCCCCCCCCCCCAAAUAUAAGUUCCCUUUUUGUCCAAGAAAAUUCUCCAUACCUCCAGCAAGGAAUUGGGAUCCAUGUAGCCUGCACUAGUCCUUCAAGGAACAGAUGUAUAGACAGAAACUCCCUGAAAGAAGCAUUGUGAAAAGUAUGCCUAGAGUUUGGCCACACCUGCAUCCCUGAUCACUUGCCAUCUUCUCAAUCCAAUCUGCUCUUGCUCCAGUCUGCAGAGGGCGGUGGAAUUCUUCAGGUCAUCUUCACCACAAAGCGGUGGCACCACCUGCCCGUGAUGAGCAGGAUUGACAUUCCAUCCUCUGCCUGUAAUUUUCGUCAUUGACAAGGUACAAGAUUGGGUAGGGAAAAUGGCGGAAGAUUGGAUAGAGAGGGAAAAGGAUCGGUUUUACCUGUAGAACACCCAAGGCUCUGUUCCUUCAUCUCCAGGCUGGCUGGGGAAUUCUGGGAGUAGAAGUCCACUACUGUUAAAGUUGCCAAGGUUGAAAAAUUCUGAUUUAGUAUCAGGCAGAUUCUUCAGUCCAGUUGCCAGAUCGUUAUUUGUAACAUUGAGAUAGGUCAGGCAUAGGAAAUAACCCAGCAAGUUGUCACAGUAGUUGAAGAUACAGGUGGUCCUCAACAUACGGCCACAAUUGAGUUCCAAAUUUUUGUUGCUAAGUGAAACAUUUGUUAAGUGAAUUUUGCCCCAUUUUACGGCUUUUCUUGCCACAGUUGUUAAGUGAAGCACUGUUAAGUUAGUCGCAUGGUUGUAAAGUGAAUCUGGCUUCCCCAUUGUCAGAAAGUGGCAGAACGAAUCGCAUGACCCCGGGACACUGAAACCGUCAUAAAGAUGAAUCAGUUGCCAAGCAUCGGAAUUUUGAUCCCGUGAUCAGGCAGAUGCUGCAAUGGUCUUGUAUGAAGAAUAGUCACAAAUCACUUUUUUCACCACUGUUAUAACUUUGAGCGGUCACUAAAUGAACUGAUGUAAGUCGAGGACUACCUGUAUAAAGACUGCUAUCUGCUUGAGAUACCUUUGGGUUUUAAGAGAAGAAUAAUUAGACAAUAAUACCAGACAAUUAGUAGGAAUUGCUGGGGAACGGGGGUAAUGCAGCUGAUACAGAAGAAGCCAUGAUAGCAAGGAGGCACAAGCUAUGCAUAUUGUGUGAUUAAUUAUGAAGUCAUCCCUUGCGUAGGAUUAUGUAGCUUCGCAGAAUUAAUUUGUAAUUAUUUCAUAUUGUACAGUGUUUAUAUAGUGGGCUUUAAAUAUAUCUAUAUCUAUAUAAACAGAAAAAGAGAAAGAAAAAGUUUAUUUAAAAUGUCAGGUUGAUUCUCACUUCUUCUUUUUUUUAUCUCCAAUGAUUUGUAUAAAAUGUUCACAAAAGAAAAAAGAUUAUACAUAUUGAGGAACUAUAAGGAUCAGGUGGUCAAUUUUGUACUGAUUAAUUACUAUGGGACCCAGAGCAAAAAUGAAGGGAAAAAAAUCCUAUUUCAAAAUCAAUCAGGCUGAGGAGGCUGGAGUCAAAACUUUGCAAGGUUUGGUGGCAAAAAUGUGUGGCAGGAAGGAAAAUGGUUCCAAAGACAAUGUUCUUCAUUUCCUUGCCUGAAGGUUGUUUUAAAGAACUGCAUGCAAAAAGAUUGGAUUGUUGGUGUAUUGCUCUUUUGAGAAGCAAUACGGUUGGACAAGGAUGUGUGCAGUUCAACCACUCCUCCAUAAUUGUGUCUAGUUAAAGUUCUCAAGGGGAUCUACGUUAAUUGGUCCAGUGACCAAGGAGCUCUGCAGCAGAAGGAUCUUCAGGGGUGAUCAAAGAGGGGGAGGAGAGUGAUAAAAUCAGCAUUAUGGCAUCACAGCACUGCUUUUAGUGUUUUGACAAAAUCUCCAGAUCCUGCGAUGUUUUGCGUACUGUAGUAUGUAUUUCAAGAGUGAAUCAGUAGCUACAGUGCUGUUGUGGCACAGUGGUUAGAAUGCAGUAUUGCAGGCUGACUGCCCACUGCCAGGAGUUUGGUCCUAACUGGAUGAUAACCUUCCAUCCUUCCGACAUCAAUAAAAUGAGGACCCAGAUUGUUGGGGGUAAGAGGCUUACUCUGUAAACCGCUUAGAGAAGUCUGUAAAACACCGUGAAGCGGUAUAUAAGUCUAAGUGCUAUAGCUAGUGCUACAGAUGGCUGGAAAGCUUUGAAAGAGAGAGGUGUGUUCUUGGGUGGCCUCAAGGACCAGAGGUGAUCAUCAUCCAAUGAAAUGCACACAUCCCAAUAACCUUGGUGCAACUCAAGCGCAUCCUGGGUAUGUUGGUUGUGUCAUCAAAGUCAGAUGUUGGCUGCAAACAUGCCAUUAUGGCUGCCCUAUUUAUUUUUGUUACUCUCUUCCCCCUCUCUGAUGUAAGUUAUUUCUGGAACUGGCAGAGCCAAGUGCCAGAAGCAAAGAAAUGUCUGCAGAUUGGAAAGGAAGGAAGGAAGGAAGGAAGGAAGGAAGGAAGGAAGGAAGGAAGGAGGAAGGAAGGAAGGAAGGAAAGAAAUUUGCAGAUAUUUGAGGACUGAAUGAGCCAUGUAGAGAUGACUAUUGCUAAAUGACAUUCUUGAGUCUGGGACUGUUUGUGAAACAUGGGGCUUCCUGCUAAUUAUCCACAGUGCCUGUCCCCUAUGUUCACUGCCAAAAAGAUGCUGGCCCAUGUUACACAAACCUUCAGUAGUUAAAGCCCUAGAGGGGAUAAGAAGCAGCAUGAUCAAAGUGAUCACUUAGAUGAGUUCUCUCUCUCUCCCUUUCCCUCUCAACCUCUCUCUCUCUCUCUUCAUUAAAAUACCUUUUCCAACUACAGCUGAUUAAUUUAGUUCAGUUGGAAUUACAGCUUGGCUGAAUAGCAUCUGCUUGCCGGAUUAAGCGAGAGUACUUUUUGGAGAUAGGAUCCUUCUCAGGUCCAACUUGCAACAUGGAACUUUAAUUUUUCUUCCCCCUCUUGUUCAUAGUAGUUUACCCCCUCUUUCCUUCUGGUAAUUGGAUGAAAAAUGAAUCCAUUACAUAACCGCAGUGCUGUCUCUUUUCUGCACUAUUGUUGAAGCCAGCAGCACUUUGUCUGGUUUUUCAUCUAGUACUUCUCUCUGCCUGUGAAUUUUGCUAGUCCUUCUUUUUUUUCCUCUCUUAAAAACCCCAAAUAGAAGCAGAGAAUGGAAUAGAGAUCUGAAACUCUUCAUCAAAUUUAAAUUCGGCAUAUUGGUCAGAUGUAACAGAAUAGUAGAGUUGGAAAGGAUUAGGGAAGUCUUCUAGUCCAACUCUGGUCAAGCAGGAAACUCUGGUCUAGACAUUCUGGACUAAUGGCUGUCCAGUCUCUUCUUUAAAAACUUCAGUGGUUAUUGUCACUCUACUCAAUUUGGAUUUUAACUCAAUUUAGGAAAUACAUUUAAUUUAAUUUAGCUUAAUAGUUUGAACUGGAUUUUCAAAUCAAUGGAGAAAAAGUAUGUUUGUUAAGGCUCAAAAUAUCCAUUGAAUCUCCAAAUUGGAAUCUGAGUUUUGAAGUCAUUCAGUUCUAUCUGCUGGUUUGCUCCAAAGGUUCAGUCUGAAGAUGCAGUUCCAUUGAAUUACUUCCUGGUCAAAUAUUUGAGUCAAAUAUUUCCAAUCAAAUAGAUGGGAUUUCUGCAUUUCCCCUUCAGACCAGGAAACAGCACACUCAUUGUCUGUAGAGUAUAAAUCCUUCCAUUCCCCACUCUCCUGUCAGAGCUGGAGAAGCUUCUUGGAUGAGAAGCAAAACGUCUUCAAAAGAAAAAAACAACAAAGUCCAGUUGCCUCCUGAAAAAGCACCUUUGGGACAAUACACUCAUUGCUUCACAGUCACAUUAGCUGAAGAACCACCUAAGCCUUCAAACAUGGCUUAUAUUCUUGUCCUUAGUCCCAUUUAAGCCUCCACAAAUGGACUAUCCCUUUCAGUUGGAGUUGUCACCAUUUCCUGAUGACACCAGAUGUCACCUUUUCCCAAACUUCUGUCACUUCCAGGGCUGUCUUCAUGGGAAGUGAUAUAAUGAUUAUUCAAAAAAAAAAAAAAAUAGAGUGCUCUUAGGAACAAAUAAUUACAUCUGCCUCUUAAAAAACCUAGCUCUUCCAACUUUACUAGCGGGAUUGAGUCCUGAUCGGCUCAAGGUUGACUCAGCCUUCCAUCCUUCCAAGGUCGGUAAAAUGAGGACCCAGAUUGUUGAGGGUGAUAGGCUGACUCUGUAAACCAAAUGGUUUACAGAGGGCUGUAAAGCACUGUGAAGCGGUAUAUAAAUCUUAAGUGCUAUUGCUAUUGUGUAAUAGGAAAGGACUUCUUUGCAUUAGCACCAAAACUGGGAAAAUAUCCCCUUUCUUUUCGAUUCUUGAGUUUUAAGUAAUUGGCUAAGGCAGUUUGGAGGCUUUCCUUUAGUUCUGCCACCUUGGCUGAUUUUGUAUCAAUCCCUCAUCCCUAGGUGGUUUUGUACAAGACACUUAACUAGGUGAGCUUUAUAGUGGCUACAGUUAAUUAAAGCCUAUCAAAAUGUGUGUGUGGGGGGGGGAGUGGAUUACCGUUGGAAUGAGCCCAGGCCAUUCCAUCAGUUUAUAGCUCAACAAACUGCAUACUCAGAAAACAAAUCAAUUCAGCAACUAAUUUAGGCAUCUGGCAUAAAUACAUCAUUGCUUUUUAUGGCUCUCCUAAUUUUUGAUUGAAUUUUAAAUUGAUGUGCUGCCUAGUAGACCCACUAGGUCAAAAUUAUUUUAAUAAAUGAAACAUCAAGGUGGAUGAAGGAGAACUGAGAAAAUGGCAGGCAGGUGAACCAUCCUUGUUAAGUGUUUUUCUAGUGAGACCAGUCUAUCAGGGCAACCUGGUUUACCCAAAUAAGGGACGGAGCAACUGCUUCCGCUUUCGCCUUUCAGCCCCAGUCCAGGAGCCUUCGCAGGCAGUCGCUUCCAUGACAAACUAUUUUGCAUUAAAUUUAAAUUUACUAACAAAGAAAUAAAGGGAGACUAGUAUAGCUAUUUCAAACCUAGCAUCCUUGUUAAGGCUGACUUGGAGAAAUAAGUAAUAAGAUUCCUAGGAAUCAAGGAAAAGGCCGAGGGUUUUGGGAGUGCUCUCCAGCACCCACCAGGACAACGAACAGGAGCAAGAGAAUUCUUAGGUUCAGUUGUUUGGUUACUAAGUCGUAUCCGACUCUUCACGUCCCCAUGGACCAUAGGAUGCCAGGCCCCCCAUCUUCCAAUGUCUUCCAGAGUUUGCCCAAAUUGAUGUUCAUUGCGUCUGUGACACUAUCUAACCAUCUCAUCUUCUGCCGUCCCCUUCUCCUUUUGCCUUCCAUCUUUCCCAACAUCAGGGAACAUCUUCUCCAAGGAGCCCUCUCUUCUCAUUAGGUGGCCAAAGUAUUUGAGCUUCAGCUUCUGCAUCUGCCCGAUUUUAUGACCUUUUUUGCCAUGGCUGUUAAGUGAUUCACUGAAGUUGUUAAGAGAAUCUGGCUUCCCCCAGUGGCUUUGCUUGUUGGAAGCUGAUUUGGGGAAGGUCAGAAAUUAUGACCAUGUGACCCGGGGAUGCUGCAACCAUCAUAAACAGAUGCCAGUUGCCAAGCAUCCAAAUUUUCAUUACAUGACUGGGGAUGCAAUGAUGGUCAUAAAUAAUAUUUUCUGUGCCGUUGUAACAUGAAGUGUUUGCUAGGGUCUACCUAGUCAAAAUGGGAAGACAGUUAUUGGAGGCUAGCUUGAAUGUUUGAAAUAGUCUUUCUGCAGUAAUUCCAAAUCCAGCAUAGUCUGCGGGUUGCAACUUCUAUAGGGGACUUUAGCUCUACCAGAGAAGAGCAGGAGGCUUCGUCCUCCUCAGAGAUAAAACGUGCAAUUGAAAGCAAAGAUUAUUGACCCUGUCUUUUUGCAGAUUUAGUUCUCUGAUUAUAUGUUGUUAUCUUGUCAUUUUUUCCCUGGCAGGAACAAAGAAAAUGUUGGCAGUCCUGGGCUAAAUUUAGAGCAGAGGAGAUAAAUGAGAAGAACUGUAGGAAAGGGAAAGGAAGAAUUGCAAAGCUUGGGGUUUUCUCUGGCUAAGAGUGGGAUGCAGCUGGGUGGAGGAAUAGAGCUCAAGUAAAGGGAGCUCCUCAGAUUGAGGAUGUGGUGAGUUUAGGAUGUGGGUUCAAAAGAAAUGCAAGAUUUUUGACCUCCUGAGCGGUUGGUGCCAAAGAAACAGAUGUUCUAUCAAACAUAGAAGUUUCUAUCUAUGUUACACUGAUUCUAGAUGGCUAGUACAAACUCCAGUGAUGUUGUGCCAUUGUGAUGUCAUUUGCACAAUGAUGUCAUCACAGGUGUGACAUCACUUCCCCUCUUUCCCUUCCCUGUGAAUGCCUUAAGCUCCUUAUAGAAGAGGACGACCUGAGAGGAUUAUUGUUAAGGAUACAGAAUUUAGGAUCUGGGAGAAGAAGAAAGGGGAAGGAUCAGGGCAAAAUCAGAUCAAUAGAUUUGAUCAAUUUUUUAUAUUUGAUUUAAAUAUAUUUUGAUUAAAAUGAAGCAAGUACCAUUUUCAGAUUUCUUCUCUAUCUGCCACAUUAAAAAUGAUUGUGAUCAGCAAUUUUAGGAAAGGCCUCCAGUGGUCUUGGGCAUUUCUCCUCUGACCCAAGCUUAGCUUUGAGGGAUGGAUCAGAAAUAGUGAUGCAACCAAUUGAUGGGAGCAUUGCUAGACUUGUAUCCUGCAUCUGAGCUCUCCAGUUUGAUUUUCUGAUAGGUAGGUCCCACCAUCCUUUGGCUCUAGGGAAGAGUCAGAGGGCUACAGGACUCCAACAAGAAAACCACCAGCACAUGCCUGUUCUUUGAACUGCUGGGAUUAUUGUUUGGAGAAGAGAGUGACGGGGCAUCAGAUCUGGAUACAAAUGCCUGGCACUGUCCUAGAUUUUGAAAUCAGUUGAUGUUAGUAGACCAGUUGCAUGCUAUUGCUCAUAAUGAACCUAGUUUUAAAACACUUCCUUAGGCAGAACAAUUUGAAGAGGAAACACUGUUUUCCUUCCUCUUUCUGCAAGGAUGGAUAGAUGGAUGGAUUCAUCCUUUCUACAUCUGGAUCUUAGCUGUUUCCCCUGACACGUGGGUUGAACUUUGCUGGCCCAAAGUCUUGGCUGCUCAGCACAUACUUCAUUGCAACUCAUGAGCACCUCUGGGACCUUCUUGAUAAAGUCCCAAGGGCACUUUUGGAGAAUAAAAGGAUUGCACAAAGUGAAGCAGCCAAAAGCUGCAAAAUGUCCCAACCCUAGGACACAGUGGAAAAGCCAUGGAGGUGUUUGAUGUGGGGAUGUUCCCCAACCAGCCUUUGGGGAACAUCAGAAGUUACUGUUUGCUACAUGCUCUAAUAACAGGACAUAGUGGUUACAUUUCCACUUUCUAACAUUUUGAAUGAAAUGGCUCAACUAAACUAAUGUUCAAGUUAUCUCCCUUGUUCCUCAGUAUGAUAUUACUCAGGGUGGACAGUGUCCUGGGAUGGGGGUCUACAACCAGGUCUAUAACUAGCUGAAAGUCAUAGUUGAUAUUACCAGAAUGAGGAUUGGGUCACAGGAAGGAUCAGGAACCAGGUAUAUGUUUGGAAGGAGAGCCCUUAAGAGCAACUCUGAACGGGAGGUAUUUCCAAUCUUCCAAAACCCUCAAUGGCUUGAAAUACCAGUGCCAACAUUUGUUGGCAAAAUAACUAAAUUUCAUUGACAAGAUGUUUGUGGCCAUUUGGGGCUAUGGCGUGCCUGGGUUUCUUUGAAGGAAGGAAGAACUGAGCUCCUAGAGAAUCCCUACUGAUAUUUCCACUCUUGUUUUGAGAAAUAAAAGUGAUGUACAACCAAAAGUGAUACAAAGGGCACUUCUGCUUAUUCUAACUUCCUGAACUUCUACAGACUCUGAUAAGGUCCAAUGUAUCUGAGCUAUAGAUCUGUUCUUUCACUCAGAGCAGUGUUUGCCAACCUUGGCAAGUUUAAGAUGGGUGACUUCGACUCCCAGAAGUCCCCACUUCCUAAACUUCCCUAAAUUGAGAAACACUGAGUCACAAGGAAGAUGUGAAGUCCAACAACAUCUGAGGGCUGCAGGUUCUCCCAGCUUGACUUCAUUUAUUUCCAGCAACAAUCAUUCAGGUAUCUCCCAUAUGGGGUGGGACAUCAAGAUUUAAUGUAUCUAUUAUCUAAUAGUUUGCUGACAUGAAAUAGGGAGUCUCCAUGUAUUUUUCAUACUUAAAUCGCUACUAAAAUCUACUUUCAAUGUGGAUGAAUGUGACACCAACAAAGCAAGUGAGCCAAGUUCAUAUUUCUUCUGCUGGUGUCAUGGAUUAUAGUACAUUUAAAAAGAAAAAGUUAUAUUAUUUGAUUUCUCUUCAAAGGGACCGACUGGUGGGAAACGGGUAAAUCUUGCCAUGGGGAGGUUUGCACAUUGCUUCUGAGUAUUUGAUUUCACACUCUUCUAAAGCUGACGAAUUGCAGUAGCCGAAAGUGCCGUCUGCUGUGUACUGGAGUGCUGUUCUAACUACGUGCAUUUAGUCAGUAGAUCAGUAGAUGUCUGCCACUUGUAUCUAUCUAUCUAUCUGCCGUACAGAGUUUUGCUAUUUGUAAAGCAGCUGUUCCCAGCCUCGUGGGUUCUGCUUGACUCAACACUGACCAAACAGGACCAAACUGUAUGGUUCCAGAUGGAUUUUCUUUUUCUUUUUUCUUUUCCUGCCUGUAGAAAAAAAAAAAAAACAAUCCAGCCAAAACCCUAUUUCAACAGCCGAAAGCUGCUAGUAAAUAAUUAUGGUUUUUUUCAUUGUUUUCUCCCCGGGAAAUGUUGUGCAAAAUAAAUCCAAGCUGUUGACACUUUAUGCAUGUUGGUAACAAUAACAAUAAAGAAAAUUAAAAUUUUAA